UAGGAGCCAGCUGCGUGGAGAGCUGAGACCUUCCUUCCUGUUCACCUCUGCCUGGUCUUCCUGCCCUACGAUCACUUCCUUCUGUGGAACAGGCAUCAGAACCAGCCAAGAGCCUGCUAUGCGCUUCCUGAUCUGCCUGUUCCUCUUGGCCACCGUCUUCCCUCCAGGCCAGACCUCCUGGGGUAUCGCCAGUCCCGAACGAGUGCAAGGUGUGAAGGGCUCUUGCCUGCUCAUCCCCUGUGUCUUCACCUUCCCGUCUGACCUGGAGGUGCCUCAUGGCAUUAAGGCCAUCUGGUACUUUGACUACACGGCAAAGAAGCAGGUGGUGAGCCACUCGGCGAACCCAGAGCUGGUGGAAGCCCGCUUCCGUGGCCGUGCUCGGCUGCUGUGGAACCCCAGUCACAAAAUGUGCAACCUGUUGCUGACUGACCUGCAGCCGGAGGACUCAGGCACCUACAGUUUCCGCUUUGAGAUCACCGAGACCAACAGCUGGUCAGAUAAAAAAGGCACCUUAGUCACAGUGACUGAUGAGCCCAGUGUGCCCACCAUUGCAUCCCCAGUAGAGCUGCAGGAGGGCAUGCAGGUGACCUUCAACUGCUCCACGCCCUUCGUGUGCCCUCACGAGCAAAACAGCCUGCUGUGGCAAGGCCAGGACCCCACUCGCUCUGCCACCUCCAGCCACGAGGAUCUCGAGCCCACUGGUGUUAGCCAGAUGCAAACCCUCUACAUGACCCUGUCUUGGCAGGACCACGGCCGGAGGCUGAGCUGCCAACUCUCUCUUGCCAAGAGCACGAGUCAGAGCGAGGUUCACCUUCGUGUGCAGUAUGCUCCCAGGGGUGUGGAGAUCCUCCUCAGUCCCUUGGGGCAGAACAUCCUUCCAGGUGAUCUGGUCACACUCACCUGCCAAGUCAACAGCAGCUACCCUGCUGUCAGUUCCGUGCAGUGGUUCAAGGACGGGGAGCUGCUCAAAGCCGAUGGUCGUGUGCUACAGUUGUCCCAGGCAGCCUGGAGUGAUUCUGGGGUCUACACCUGCCAAGCAGGGAACAGUGUGGGCUCUUUGAUCUCACCGCCGGUCAGCCUCCACGUUUUCACCGCCGAGGUCACGGUGAGCCCUGCCGGUCCCAUCCUGGAGAACCAGACAGUGACGCUGGCCUGUAACACACCCAAAGAGGCACCCAGUGAGCUUCGCUACAACUGGUACAAGAACAAUAUCCUGCUGGCGGGCAUCCACAGCCCCACCUUGCAGCUGCACAAGGCCACCAGGACUGACAGCGGCUUCUACGUCUGUGAGGUGCAGAAUGCCCAGGGCAGCGAGCGCUCCGGCCCUGUCAGUGUGGUAGUCAGAUACCCACCCCACACCCCAGAUUUGACUGCCUUUCUGGAGACAAAGGCUGGGCUUGUGGGGAUUCUGCAUUGCUCAGUGGCCAGUGAGCCUGUGGCUACCCUAGAGCUGUCACACGGGGACCUCAUCCUGGCCUCCAGCUCUGGGAAGAAUGAUUACAGCCCACGCUUCAGCAUCAUCUUGGCUCCCAACUCCCUGCACCUGGAGAUACAAGACUUGCAGCCAGCGGACAGUGGGCAGUAUAAGUGCUCAGCCAACAACUCCCUUGGAAAUGCCACCUCCUCCCUGGAUUUCUUCGCCAAUGAGGCCCGCCUCCUCAUCAGCCCAGCAACCCAGGUGGAAGAAGGGCAAGCGGUGACUCUAACCUGCAAGAGCGGCCUGACCCCGACACCCAACACUCGCUUCUCCUGGUACCUGAAUGGAGCCUUGCUUUUCGAGGGAAUCAGCAACAGCCUUCUGCUCCCUGAGACCUCCAGCAUCGAUGCUGGCUCCUACCACUGCAGGACCCAAGAUGGCCACAGCACCAGCGACCCGUCCCGGCCUGUGGUCCUCACUGUGCUUUAUGCCCCACGGCAGCCCAUUUUCACUGCUCAACUGGAUCUUGAUGCCUCUGGAAUGGAUGCUGGUCGGCCAGGCCUCCUCUUGUGCCGUGUGAAAAGCGAUCCCCCAGCCCAGCUACAGCUACUGCACAAGGGCCAUGUUGUGGCCACUUCUCUGCCAUUGAACAGCAGCUGCAGCCCACUUGGAGGCUGCUCCGAGCGCAUAAAGGUCACCAAAGCCCCCAACUUGCUGCGCAUGGAGAUUCACAACCCAGUGCUGGAGGAUGAGGGAGAGUACCUGUGCGAGGCCAGCAACACUCUGGGCAAAGCCUCCGUCUCAGCCACAUUUGAUGCUCAGGCUACUCGCCUGCUCAUCACACCGUCAGCCACUCUUCAGGAGGGUGCAGAGGCCAACCUGACCUGCAGCGUGAACCGGGAAACCCCUGUCAGCUCUGCCAAUUUCUCCUGGUUCCGGAAUGGGGCGCUGUGGGCCCAGGGUCCCCUGGAGACCAUGAGGCUGAGACCCGUGGCCAGGACUGAUGCUGCCAUCUACACCUGUUGCCUCCUCGAGGAUGGUGCCCAGCUCUCUGCUGCAGUGGUGCUGAGUGUGCACUAUCCCCCAGAUCCUCCAAAGCUCUCUGCCCUCCUGGAUGUGGGCCAGGGCCACGUGGCAGUGUUUGUCUGCACUGUGGACAGUAGUCCUGUGGCUCACUUGUCCCUGUUCCAUGAGGGGCACCUCCUGGCCACCAGCCUGAGACACCAGCACCCAUCCCACAGCAGGCUCCAGCCCAAGGUCACUGCCAACGCCCUGCAGCUAGAGGUCCGGCAGCUGGGCCUGGAGGACUCAGGAAGCUACCGCUGCGAAGCCAAAAAUGUUUUCGGAUCAGCCAAUGCCUCGCUUUUCUUUAAGGUCCGAGAAGCCUGGGUCCAGGUCUCACCAUCACUGGAGCUCCAGGAGGGCCAGGAUGUGGUCCUACGCUGCCAGGUGCCCAUGGAGGUCCCUGAUGGGACCUCAUACCAGUGGUAUCAGAAUGGCUACCUCCUCCAGGAACAUACUUCAGCCACGCUCCGGAUUGCAGCCAUAGCUCCCAAGCAAACUGGGGCCUACCAUUGUCAAGUUCAAGUCCCAGGUGCAGCCACCCCCAGCUUGGCCGCUCCUGUCAGCCUCCAUGUGUCCUACUCGCCACGCCAUGCCACGCUUACAACCCUGCUGGCUACAGGCCCCGGACGGCGGAGCAUCCUUCUGUGCACUGUGGCCAGUGAUCCCCCAUCCCAGCUUCGGCUGCUCCAUGGUGACCGCCUGGUAGCCUCCACCCUCCAGGGUGUUGUGGAACUUGCAAACACCUCUUCCCAGCUGCAAGCAGUGGUGUCCCACAACCAGUUGCGUCUGGAUAUGGAGUUCACAGGGCUGGAGGAUGAGGGCAUCUACACCUGCGAAGCCACCAACAGCCUGGGCCAGACCUCAGCUUCGGUUAACUUUGAUGUCCAGGCCGUGAGUGUGCAGGUGUGGCCCAAUGCCACUGUGCAGGAGGGGAAGGAGGUGGCUUUGGUCUGCCAUGUCUGGACGAAUGAGGAAGCCCGUCUCACCUACACAUGGUACCGCGAUGGGCAGGAAUGCCAAGGUGCUCACUCUGCCCAGCUCAACGUCACGGUCAAGAAUGCCACCUCUUAUUACUGUGGUGCAAGUCUCCCUGGCCAGGCACCCCGCCUCUCCAGACCUGUCACCCUGAAUGUCCUCUAUGCACCCCGUAGACUGCACCUGACCUACCUCCUGGACAGCCAGGGACAGCAGCUGGUCCUGAUACUGUGCACUGUGGAUAGCCGCCCACCUGCGCAGCUGACCCUCAGUCAUGCAGGCCAGCUCGUGGCCUCCUCAUCCGCAACCUCUGUCCCCAACACCCUGCGCUUGGAACUUCGGGAGCCAAGACCCAGUGACGAAGGGCUCUACAGCUGCUCCGCCCGCAGCCUUCUGGGCCAGGCCAAUACGUCUCUGGAGCUGCGGCUAGAGGGUGUGCAGGUGAAGCUAGCUCCGUCUGCUACAGUGCCUGAGGGGACCCCUGUCACAGUGACCUGUGAAGACCCCACUGCCCGUGCACCCACCCUCUAUACUUGGUACCACAAUGGCCGCUGGCUGCAGGAAGGGCCAGCCACCUCACUCCAGUUCCCUGUGGCCACACGGGCUCAGGCUGGCUCCUACUCUUGCCAGGUUCAGGAUGCUCAGGGUACCCGCAGCUCUCGGCCAGUUGCCCUGCAAGUCCUAUAUGCCCCUCGGGACGCUGUCCUGUCCUCCUUCUGGGACUCAAGGGCCAGACUCAUGGCCGUGGUACAGUGCACUGUGGACAGUGAGCCACCCGCUGAGUUGACUCUGUCCCACAAUGGCAAGGUGUUAGCCACCAGCAGUGAGCUACACGGCUCAACAUCGGAGAUGGGCCUUGUCCAGGUGGCCCGCAAUGCCCUGCGUCUGCAGCUACAAGAUGUACCGGCUGGUGAUGAUGACACCUAUGUGUGUACAGCCCAGAAUUCACUGGGCUCCGUCAGCACCACCCAGCAGCUACGAGCAGAAGGUGUGCAUGUGGUGGCCGAGCCAGGCCUGCACGUGCCAGAGGGUGCAGCUCUGAAUCUAAGCUGCUGCCUCCUUGGUGGCCCCAGGUUAGUUGGCAACUCCACCUUCACAUGGUUCUGGAAUGGACAGCCACUGCAUGUAGAGCCUGUGGCCACGCUCACCUUCACCCAUGUGGCCCGUGCCCAGGCUGGGCUGUACCACUGCAGGGUUGAGCUCUCUGCCAGAAUGGUUGCCACCUCUGUUCCAGUCAUGCUCCGGGUGCUGUACCCUCCCAAGAUGCCUACAAUGACUGUGUUUGUGGAGCCUGAGGGUGGCCUCCAGGGCAUCUUGGAUUGCAGUGUGGACAGUGAGCCCCCUGCCAGCCUGACCCUCCACCUGGGCAAUCGACUAGUAGCCUCCAGCCAGCCCCAGGAUGCUCUUGCUGAGCCACACAUCCACGUGUUAGCCUCCCCUAAUGUCCUUAGGGUGAACAUUGAGGAGCUGAGCCCCAGUGACCAGGGAGACUAUGUGUGCUCUGCCUCCAACACCCUGGGCUCCACCUCUGCCUCUGCCUACUUUGGCACCAGAGCUGCUCGCCGGCUGCAUCUGUUCCAGCAGCUGGUCUGGGUCCUGGGAUUCCUGGUGAGCUUCCUGGGCCUGCUGCUGGGCCUGGGGGCCUGCUACACCUGGAGGAGAGGAAGGCGUUCUCACAAGAGUGACAUGAAAGAGAACUCACUGGAGAUGCCUUCUCAGAAAGAAACCAUGCAGGAGGAAGUUGCUGAUGCCUGUGACCAAUCAGACACUGUGAAGAAGGCAGCACUGGAUCCUGCCAACCUCUGCAGAAACAGAGUUGUGACAUCUAAUUUUCUAUGACCUGCCUCUGAGCCUCUUGACCCACAGAAAAAUGGGAGGAGGGUUUGACUCCUCAGGACCCUAAAAAAAACUGAGUUGAUCAUGUGGCCCACUCCUCUCUCUUUCCUCUGGAGCUCCUCUCUACCUCCAGUUCUCUUCCAAGGGAGGCCCUGUCCCUUCAGAGCUUUCUCCUCAGAACUUUCUAUGAAUGGUAUGAUACUGUAUGCAUAGCAACUGUGGGAAAUGGUUUGGCAAGAUCUAUCAAGGCUAAAUACUCUUCCCAGGGUCCCCAAAGGACUCCCCUGGGUAUUUACUGAGGAAAAAUAAAGUCUCAUGCCACUGUGAAACUUA